AAAGAAACAAUUGUGAACUUGUACAAUGAUAAGAUAACUCCUUUUUAUUACAAUAAAUAAAUGACAAGAGUCAACAGCGAUAAUUGUGACAAUUGAUUUCAUUUAAUUAUCAGAUCAAAUCAUUGCACAGUUAAUUUGCUAUAAGAAUCAGAAAAACUACAUUAUCAAUUGCAAAACAAGAUCGACCGUUGUGUAGUGUAAAUGUAAAAUUAAAUAAAAAAAAUUCAUUUAAAAAUGUUUCUAUCCCGUGCUCCAUUUGCUCGUUUAUCACGGCAAUUCCAUCAAACUAUACGAUGUUUAUGCCAUAAAAAGGAUAAAUCUGUGAAUCAAAACAAUUUAUCGUCAGAGGAAACACCAAAGAAGCUCGAAGAUUGGAAAGUUAUUGAUUCAAGUUCAUUGAAAGGGCCGCCACCUGAAGAUCCAAUUAAACGAACGCAUCGCAUAUUGAAAGCGGAUAUUAUGCGACUAAAAAAGUAUAUACCAGGAAUGAAUGAUAAAUCGGUACGUGAAAAUGCAAAAAUGUGGAAGCAUACAUUGCUUGGUGAAGAGGACGGUUUUCCCGAAGAACAAUUUUUCCCAUCGCAUUGCGACAUUGUUGUUAUCGGCGGCGGUGCAAUCGGAUCAUCGAUUGCCUAUCAUUUAAAGGAUAAAGCACGUGAUGGACUUCGUGUUGUCGUCCUCGAACAAGAUAACUCAUAUGAAAAAGCAUCAACCACACUGUCCGUCGGUGGUUUGCGUCAACAAUUUUCACUGGAAGAAAAUAUUUUGAUGUCAUUACAUGCGGCCGACUUUUUACGAAAUGCAAAACAUUAUUUGGGCGAUCAUGUGAAUGUAAAUUUUGUACCACACGGUUAUUUAUUUUUGGCCACCGAAGAGGGUGCCGAACAAUUGGAAAAGAAUUCAACAUUACAAAAUCGUUUAGGUGCCAAAAAUGUAUUGCUCUCACGAAAAAAAUUAAAAGAUCGAUUUCCUUGGCUAAAUGUUGAUGAUAUUGCUUUGGGUUGUUUUGGUUUGGAAAAAGAAGGUUGGUUCGAUCCAUGGAGUUUACUAAUGGGCUUCAAACACAAAGCACAAAGUAUGGGCGCUGAAUACAUAAACGGCGAAGCAGUCAGUUUUGAAUUUCAAAACAAUGAAAACAUUUGCGUUCAAGGCGUACCAGAUGGCGAAUAUGAAUCCACAAAUCAUGUCAUUGUUAAAUUGAAUACCGGUGAAGUAAAACGUAUUACAUUUGCCACAUGUAUAGUUGCAGCUGGUGCUUGGUCAGGACAUUUGGCGAAACUUUUGCGAAUUGGUACGGGCAACGGUAUGCUAUCGGUUCCAUUGCCCGUCGAACCAAGAAAACGUUAUGUGUACACAAUAAAAUCACAAGGUGAAAAUAAGCCAGUGUUUAAUUCGCCGCUGACAAUCGAUCCAAAGACGAGUACAUAUUUUCGAUGUGAUGGAUUGGGUGGAAAUUAUUUAGUCGGACGUAGUCCAUCCCUUGAAGAUGAACCAUCCUGUGAGAAUAUGGAUGUUGAUUAUAAUUAUUUUGAUGAAAUGAUUUGGCCGCAUUUGGCCCAUCGUAUACCAGCAUUUGAAAAUGCAAAAGUUCAAUCGGCAUGGUCUGGUUUUUAUGAAUUUAAUACAUUUGACGAAAAUGGAAUUGUCGGAUUGCAUCCAUAUUAUCAUAAUAUUUUCUUUGCCACCGGAUUCAGUGGGCAUGGUAUUCAACAGGCACCAGCUGUUGGUCGUGCCAUUUCCGAAUUAAUUGUACACGGUGAAUUCACAACCAUCGAUUUAAGUCGACUCAAUUUCGAUAGACUAAUGGUGCAAGAGCCAAUGUUAGAACAGAAUAUAGUUUAAUUUAAAAGAAAAUAAAACGAAAAUUGUAAAUUCAUGCAAAUCGAAUACGUUUAUUGUUAAUAAAUUUUUAAAAUUAUUUCAAUUCA